AUGGGAACUAUUCGUUUUCAUGAUUCUCAAUACCAUCUUCGGAUUUACGGAUUUUCUAUCAAACAAGCACUGACAUACCUCCUAUAUUAUCGAUUCACUGAAUUUGGUGUCGAGAAUGCUAGCAUUCUUUUGGGAAGAUGGAACUCUUUAGUGUUAUUGAGAAUUGCUACUAUGGGAACUAUUCGUUUUCAUGAUUCUCAAUACCAUCUUCGGAUUUACGGAUUUUCUAUCAAACAAGCACUGACAUACCUCCUAUAUUAUCGAUUCACUGAAUUUGGUGUCGAGAAUGCUAGCAUUCUUUUGGGAAGAUGGAACUCUUUAGUGUUAUUGAGAAUUGCUACUAUGGGAACUAUUCGUUUUCAUGAUUCUCAAUACCAUCUUCGGAUUUACGGAUUUUCUAUCAAACAAGCACUGACAUACCUCCUAUAUUAUCGAUUCACUGAAUUUGGUGUCGAGAAUGCUAGCAUUCUUUUGGGAAGAUGGAACUCUUUAGUGUUAUUGAGAAUUGCUACUAUGGGAACUAUUCGUUUUCAUGAUUCUCAAUACCAUCUUCGGUUAUUCAUUGAUUAUAGUGUUAAGAGAAGUCUAUAUAUCACAUUUAAGUCAUUGGGCUCGAAAUCAAAUUUUAUGUCAGAACCAUAG